CAUCUUUCAAAUAGUGUCACCACCUAACCAUCCGUCUCAAAGCAAAAUGGGAGGAAAGAAGGGGACAUGUGACAAAAGAUUUGCAAUGGCAGCAGAGGAAUAUUGUAAGCAUCUCCUCGUGGUGCGACAUUUAAUCGCCCGGUUGCUAUGCCAGGCCAGGCCAGGCCAGGCCUGAGUGGGUUACGUAAAAAAAGAUGUUACAUAAGCAACGGCGGCAGCCGCAGUCGCUGCAGCGAGCUCAACGGAGCGUCGUACGCCACUCGAGUCUGACUGGUUGUCAAGUGACUUCAGCACAAGGGCGACGACGCUUGGAUUAGUCCGCUACAAAUGGCCCCCGUCAACCAUGCAGUGUGCGCAGAAGAUGCCAACAACAAGGGGGAGGGAGGCACCGCUACAGGACCGAAGGGGCUGGAGACCAUCGCUCCUCUGGUCCGCUCUGUGGAGGAGACCCCUGAUCCGAUCCCUGCUCAGGUAGAAGGGACAAUACCCCCUUGGAUCAGUGGCAGCCUGCUCAGAAACGGCCCAGGAAAGUUUGAGUUUGGAGACACUCACUUCAACCACUGGUUUGACGGGAUGGCCAUGCUCCACAAGUUCAAGAUAGAGAAAGGCCAGGUGACGUACACGAGUCGGUUCCUGCGCAGCGAGGCCUACAAGAAGAAUAGCGAGCGAGACCGGAUCAUGGUGUCAGAAUUUGGCACCAUCACCAUGCCCGACCCUUGUAAAAACAUAUUCCAGCGUUUCUUCUCUCGCUUUGAGAUGAUAAAGCCCACAGACAACGACAACGUCAACUUUAUCAAAUACAAGGGAGACUACUACGUCAGCACAGAGACCAACUUGAUGCACAAAGUCAACCCGGAGAAUCUGGAAACAUUGGAACAGGUUGACUGGAGCAAGUUUGUUGCUGUUAAUGGGGCCACCGCCCACCCUCACUAUGACCCUGACGGUACAUGCUUCAAUAUGGGCAACUCCUACGGAGGCAAAGGAACCACGUACAACAUCAUCCGCGUUCCUCCUGAGAAGACCAACGCCGACGACACCCUGCAAGGAGCCAAUAUUCUCUGUUCCAUUGCACCUGCAAACAAGUCCCACCCCUCCUACUACCACAGCUUUGCCAUGUCCAAGAACUACGUGGUGUUCAUUGAGCAGCCAGUUAAAAUAGACCUCAUGAAGAUAGUCACAUGCAAGAUGAGGGGCAAGGCCUUUCGUGAUGCCGUUUACUGGGACCCCAAGCUGGAAACCAUCCUGCAUCUUAUCGACAAGCGCACAGGCGAGGCUAGCCCGGUGAAGUUCUACGCCAAAGCUUUCUCCAACUUUCACCAGAUCAACGCCUUUGAAGAGGGCGGGUUCUUGAUGCUGGAUCUGUGCUGCUCUGACGACGGCCAAGCCCUUGACAUCUACUCCCUGCAGAAUUUGCGCAAGUCGGGAGAAGCGCUAGAUGAGGUUUACAACAACAUGAGCAGAGUUUUCCCUCGCCGUUUUGUUUUACCUUUGGACGUGAAUGAUGACACAGCGACCGGGCAAAACCUCAACACUCGUCCUUCCAGUACAGCGACAUGCGUUAAAAAGAGCAACACCAGAGUAUUCUGCCAAGCCGAAGAUCUCCAUGGUGACGACCUUUCCCAGUACGGCGGUCUGGAGUUCCCUCUCAUCAACUACGAGCGAUACAACGCGAGGCCUUAUCGCUAUUUCUACGGGUGCGGCUUCAGACACAUGUUCGGAGACUCUCUUCUCAAGAUGGACCUCAACGACAAGACGCUAAAGGUCUGGCACCAGAAGGGUCUCUACCCAUCGGAGCCGGUCUUUGUGCCCUCACCGGAUGCCGUGGAGGAGGACGACGGCGUCAUCCUCUCUGUGAUUCUCUCCCCGUCGCAGGACGAAGGGACCUUCCUCCUGGUAUUGAACGCCAAGACGUUUGAGGAGUUGGGAAGAGCGAACGUGCCUGUCAACAUGCCUUAUGGUUUCCACGGUGUCUUCAGCGCAUCUCCUUGAAUGAAUCUCUUCGAAAAUGUUUCCAUCAUAAUGAUAUUAACAUUAUUUCAAGAACACAAAGUAUGUUGACUGAUCACUUUUAUAAGGAUGGUAUUCAACUGAUUUGAUGCUUUAUGCCUUAGAAAUAUAUUGUGCUGUGAAUCCAUUUCUUCUCGUGUUGAGUUUUGUGUGACUACAAUUUGCCCAAGAUGUGGCAGCAAAAGACUUCAUCUGGUUUUUUUUAAUUACUCAAUAUCAUUGAAAGUUAUCUUUUUCUACGUUUACUGCUUUUCUUUUGUACAACAUUCUUGUGCCAAUAUAAAGCACACAAUGAAAGCCUAAAGACAAAU